GUUAUGCCUCCGCCAACGCUCGUGAAUGACGCCCUCUGGAGGUGUCUAUGUCCCAAGUUUCAGUCACCUACAGCUCUCCGCAACUUUUCCCGCGCCCAAUCAUGCCUUGUCGCUCGCAAUGGACAUACUCAGCGUCCCACUACGUUUCGCGCAACAUCAAGAUCGCAAAUCCGCCAUGUCAAUAUCUCCGCUCCCUCCAGGCUUGAUACCAACGACCUCAGCUUCGGAAACCACCGUUCUCCCGUCAGCUCAAUAUCCAAGCGCUCUGCCAAACCAGAUGCCCCCUCGUUGGUACACCUUCCCACAAAUGCACUGUACGACAGACUACGCCGCGACGGGGCAGCCGGCCGCUACAACGAAGUGAUGAACAUCGUCAAGAUCCUCCUAAAAGACCGACGAGAGCGCCCAAACGUCCGCAUGUACUCCGCAAUCCUACACAGCUUCGCAAACUGCCAGGAAGGCACCGCAGGUAAGAUCAGGAAGGUCAUGGAGGAGAUGGUGGAGUCUGGUGUAGAUCUGGACGUAGGCGCUUGCCACAAUGCUCUCGAGGCGCUUGCCGUCCAUCCUGAUUAUAUCUUGAGGGAGGAGGUGCUGUCGUACAUGAAGGAGCGGUGGUUUUCGCUGAACGACCGGGGGCAUAACAUGGUUGCUGCUGGACUGCUGAGGGAUAGAUUGUUCGAGCAGGCAAUCGAGAAGAUUGAGGACAUGGUGAGGCAGCGGAUCAGCGUGCACGAUUGGUUGUGGGAUAAGGCGGUUUGGUUUUUUUUGGAUUAUGGGGAGGUGGAUGAGGCGUGGCAGUUGAUGCUCCUUCGACAGCAGUCCGCGACGGGGAAGAAGGAUUUUUCGAAGACUCUGUUGACUCAUUUCCUCGAUGUUGCGGCGAGAUUGUGUCAUGUCGAGGGCGUCAAUAGCAUUUGGACGACGCAGGUUAUCCCGAAUUACAUCAAGCCUGCAACAGGAACAUGCCUCGACAUCCUCAACCUGGCCUCCCGAACUGGAAACGUCCAACUUGCGACAGACGUCUUCCGUCUCCUGACGGAGCGCAAAACAAUCUUCACAUCCCACCACUACGAAAUGCUCCUAGAAACGUACCUCAACGACAAAGAUCUCCCGGCCGCCCUCUCCGUAAUCCUAAUCAUGUCUUCUAGCGGCAUCAAGAUCGACGAAAGCAGCAUUCACCCCCUCUUCACCCACCUCCGCUCAUCCCCGACCCUCCCCCUCGAAGCCGUCUCGCUCCUCCAACGCGAAUCCAACGCCGGAAAACACAUCCCAACCGCCGCCCUCAACUCUUGCAUCCAAGCCUCAAUCCACCACUCCAACCUCGAAGAAGCCCUCGACAUCUACAAAAUCAUCCACACCAUCUCCCGCGGCGGCCCCACAACCCAAACCUUCAACAUCCUCUUCCAAGGCUGCCACAAGGCCCGCCGCAAGGAACUCGCCAUGUACCUCGCAUCCGAGAUGGUCGAGCGCGGCAUCGCGCCCGACGCCAUGACAUACGACCGCCUCAUCCUCGUCUGCUGCAACGCCUCCGACGACCCCGAGGACGCCUUCGCGUACUACGAGGAGAUGCGGUCCUCCGGCCACGUGCCCCGCCGCGGCUGCUUCGAGAUCCUGAUUGAUAAGGGGGUUGAGGUUGGCGACGCGCGGACCCCGCAUGUGCUACGGGAUAUGCGGGACUGCGGGUUCGCGCCUAAGAAGGAACUUGUGAGGAGCGUGGCGAAUCGGUUCGUUAAUGCGAGGGACGGGGAGCGGGAGGAUGUGGUGCGGGAGGAUGGGUUUUAGUUGAUUGAGGUGUUACACUAGACGUGCGCAUGGGAUGUAGGUAGUUGAAUGUAUAUGACAACAAUGUCAAGACAUCAAACCAUGGUCCGUGUGGUGAUCAAACCAUUCUCCUGUUCCCAAGAGUGAGUGAAAG